CACUUAUUUAUACUCCCUUGUUCUCUCGCUCGGGUGUGACUCGAAGUUUGGUUUUGGAUUUCAUUUCUCUCUAUCUAUCUACCACCGCAGCAAAGGAUUAUGCUAGGCCAGCUCGGCUGGGACGUCGUAUCCCUGGGCGGAGUCGCCUGGGGCAUACUCGCUCUGCUCUCGGGGUUGACCCUCAUCUACACCCUCUACAACCGCUACCUCCACCCGCUCCGGCACAUCGACGGGCCCGUCCUCGCCUCGCUCACCCCUUGGGUGCAGCUCUACCACGGCCUGCGCGGCGACCGCCACCUCUGGCUUCACGCGCUCCACGAGCAGUACGGCAGCCACGUGCGAGUGGCGCCGAAUUUCGUGUCGGUCAACACCGCGCAGGGCCUGCACGAUAUCUACGGGCACGGGAAACGCCUCCGGAAGGCGGACUUCUACAAUGCCUUCCCUGCCAUCAAGGGCGUGUACAACACGCACAACGUCAUCGAUAAGACGGCGCACGGCCGGAAGCGUCGCGUGCUGAGCCAGGCGUUUGCUGACCAUGCGCUCAAGAGUAUGGAGGAUGUGAUGCUGUUGCAUGUGCGUCAGCUUUGUGCGGGGCUGGUGGCCGGGCAGCAACAAAAAGAGAAGCAGGGCGCGGCGAUAGUGCAGGAUCUCGGACGCUGGUUUAGUUAUCUCACGUAUGAUGUGAUGGGGGAGUUGUGCUUUGGGAAGAGCUUUGAUAUGUUGAUUGAGAGUAGUCGGCGGAGGUUGAUUGAGUUGGUGGAUCGCGCCGCCAAUCGGCAUUAUAUUUGUGGUCUGUGGAUGCCUCUCGAUCGAUGGCAUCUCGACCAGAUCUUCAUCCAUCGACUGACCAACGACCGCUGGAACUUCAUCAUGAAUUCUCGGGUCGAGGCGACAAAGCGCGCGCAGGAACGCACCCAGGCCGGACGCGACGCCAAACGGGAUUUCUUCUACUACCUGCUGAAUGCUCGGGACCCGGAAUCCGGGCAGGGCCUCACCACGCCCGAGCUCUGGGGCGAGGCCAACGUGCUGAUGAUCGCGGGCAGUGACACAACGUCGACGACCCUCUCGGCCACGGUGUUCUAUCUGGUGCGCAAUCCCCAUGCGAUGGAACGGCUGAAGAAAGAGGUCCGCGAGACGUUCACCUCGGUGGAGGAUAUCGUCUCGGGCAGUCAGCUCAACGAGUUGGUGUACCUCAAGGCUUGCCUGGACGAGGCGCUGCGUCUGGCCCCCGCCGUACCCGGCGCGCCUCCCCGCGAGGUGAUGGAGGGCGGCGCGAUGGUGGACGGGGUGUUUCUGCCCGAGGGGACCGAUUGCGGAACACCGACCUUCUCCAUCCAUCGGCAGGCCGCGUACUACCGGCAGCCUGGGGCGUAUCUGCCCGAGCGCUGGAUUGAGGGCGCGACCUGCCAGACGGCCUUCGAGUCCUGGAAGACAAGCAAAGAAGAGGUCGAGGUCGCACGACGAGCAUUCUGCCCGUUCAGCAUCGGGCCGCGGGGCUGUAUUGGAAAGAGCAUGGCUUUCAUGGAGAUGCGACUGACGAUUGCGCGGUUAAUCUACCUGUUUGACCUGGAAUUGGCCGACCACCGCGGAGAAGACGCCGAGGGCCACCUGGCGUUGGUGGACCACUUCACCAGUGCCAAGGAGGGACCGAAUGUGACUGUCCGAGUGCGUAGCCAGUAAGUAGUGUGUGCUGUGAUGUACUGUACAUAGAUUGAGCCAGCCA